AUGGAGCUCGUGAUCCCUCACUCUUCUUCUGGAGUACAAGCUAUUAGGACUCAAAGUUUCAACCCUACGACCAAAAAUAUCAAAUCCUCUAGUACUUCUCCUUCAAAGUACUCUGCAAAUAAACUGAUCCUACCAGUAAGACUUUAUGGCAAAAGCAGAUUCUCAAGAUUCUUAAUAUACGGCCAACAUAAGCGUAAUUCCAUCCGGGGAUGCGCUCAAAUUGAAUCGGUUGGUUCCAAUCCUACACGUAGAAAAGCUCAUCAAGAUGAAUCAACCGGUCCUGAUCAUCAUCAUCCAGUACUUACCAAAGUUUCACGCUUUGGAUCUGCUUGCUUUAAUUUUUUAAGACCUGUUGCGAUGUGUCAAAUAACUAUAUCCACCACGUCUUUAUUUGCAAGAGUUGUGGUAGAAAACCCACAUUUGUUUAAAUGGUCUUUGGUGCUUAAGUCAUUCCCUGGCCUAAUUGCCGUCAUGCUUGCGAACGCUUAUAACAUUGGCAUCAAUCAAAUAUACGAUGUCGAUAUCGAUAGAUUCAAAGAAUCUCCUAUUGCAACAUUGAUCGUGAUUCCUUUGCAAGGAGGUGUCAUUCAAAAUGUUGGUAUACUUUACGCCACUAGAUCUUCCCUUGGACUUCCACUAUGCUGUAGCCCCUCAAUUGUUUUCAUAACCACCUUUGUUACAUUGUUUUGUACGGUCAUUAGCUUCAUGAAAGAUAUUACAGAUGUUGAAGGUGAUCUGAAGCAUAACAUACGAACAUUUCCAGUGAUAUUCGGACCAAGAAAUGUUACAUUCUUUGGCACUGGGAUGCUAUUGUUAAACUAUGUUGGUACUAUAGCAGCUGCCAUUUACAUGCCUCAAGCUUUUAAGCGCCAUGUAGUGUUGCCUGUUCACUUAAUCUUGGCCUUAUCAUUACUUUUUCAGGUGGGGAAGUUGGAAAAUGCAAAUUAUACAAAGGAAGCAAGUGAAGCUUUCUAUGUAUCCCUUUGGAAACUUCUUAUUUUGGAGUUUCUUUUAUUUCCCUUCAUGUAGCUAAUUAAUCAGUAAUUUCAGCGUUAAUUUUCCCUUUAUUUAUAGUAGGGAGG